GCUUUUCUUCUAUGCUCGAACGAAUUAUGCGUAUAAUGAUUAUACAAGGCAAUUUAUAGCGCGCAGAGAAUGGAUAAAAUGUCUGAUCUCACACGGAAGACGCCGCUGGCAUCUCGAAUAGCGGCGCUGGUUCACACGCAUUUCGACGGCUUGCCGGCGCGAAGCAAACCAAAGAUAUUUCCCGAUGGGUCUAGAGAGUGGAUUCCAAUGACUGGUAUCGUGGCUUUCAAGGGAGAAAAUACAGAUUCCGAACGCCUACAUUGCAUAUCUGUCACUACUGGAGCAAAAUGCUUACCAGCUUCCCAUAUCCCGCGCUGUCAAGGCCUCGUUCUCCAUGACUGUCAUGCCGAGAUCUUGGCCAUUCGCGCUUUCAACUACUGGCUCCUAAAUGAAUGCCAUGCUUUGACGAUAAAGGAGAGCAACGAAGCCAUCAAUUCGGAUGAUGCUAUUGAUGCUGAGCACUGCCAUGCCUCAAAGUCUCCGUUUAUUCGCAGAAGAAAACAAACACAGCCCAGGACAGAUGCAGGAGUCAACUGGCCUCCCUUCGAGAUUCAACCCGACGUCAAAUUCUACAUGUACUGUACAUGCGCCCCAUGUGGAGAUGCGAGCAUGGAACUAUGUAUGGCAGCACAAGACGACGCGACACCGUGGCAAGUGACACGCCCUUCCGAUGCAAGCUCACCGCAUCCGGGCGAUUUUCAAGAGGAAAAUCUCCUCGAUGGCCGAGCUCACUUCUCUCUUCUCGGCGUCGUCCGCCGAAAGCCAGCGCGCAUGGACGCAGAAUCGACUCGAAGCAAAUCUUGUUCGGAUAAACUCGCCUUGCGUCAAGUAUCGUCCUUGCUGUCCUGCGAAACAAGCCAUCUAGUUACCCCAACGGAGAACGCAUACCUAGCUGGCCUCAUUCUUCCAGAAGAUGAGAUUACGCGAGCCGGGUGCGAAAGAUCUUUCGGGGAGAAUGGCCGCAUGAAGGCGUUGGCGGGUCGAUCAUGGCCGAUAAAUACAGAGCGCGAUGGAAGAGAGAUUGGAUAUCGAUUUCGACCAUUCGAGGUACUCUCGGUUCCUGCUGAGGAAGUUGAAUUGCUUUGGCCAUUUGCGAAACCAAAGGCUGUCAAAUCCCGCUCUGUGCUACCAUCAGAGCAGCAAAGUGAUAGCACCGACUCUACCGUCCCUCUCAAAAAGAGCAAGCCGGGUAACGUCAGCUCCGUAUGGACGGCCACGUCCUCACUGCCACAUCCUUGUGUGAUGAGAUUGGACACUGGUAGUAAGACGCUACCGACCCUGGGAGGUUCAAAGACCGGUCUAUAUGAGACGAUUAUCAAUGGCGUUAAGCAGGGUAACAGACUCACUACUCCUACGGCACGAGGGGCGUCAUCGCUAUCUCGCGCUAAGCUAUGGGGUCUUCUUCGAAAUAUCCUUCGAUCAAAAGAGUGCCUCCGUGAACUUGAGAGGGCUCAAACCCGUAUAUAUGACAAUGAGAUAUCCCUCCCUAUCAAGGAUGCGAGCACAUACGAAGAGUUCAAGCAGACCGGAGGCGAUAUCACAGAUCCUCUUCAUAUUCGUCAUGAAGCGAUUCACGAUGCUAAACUGGUCCUCAAGGGGUGGGUGCCGAAUACGGGGGAUGAAAGCUGGAGCCUAGAUGUUCUAGUUGAUCCCAAAAAGCGUAGGGGUUGACAGAAGUCAAUGACGAAAAAAUAUUACAAUUAAUUGAAUAACGCGUGAUAAGCCGGCUUCACGUAUGCGGAAACUUUUCUGGCCUCCCCAGGCCAAUAAACGUAGAAAAGGCCAUUCAUAAUGUACACUUUUUUGAAGGAACGAGCCCACCAACGAUGCCAUUUCACGGUCAAUAUGGAAUACAAUCCGACCUUCCUGUCUCCCUCCAAUUCAUGUAAAGUCAUACAAACAAAUACAGGAAAUUUUCCCUGGGCAAACUAUCCAAAUUAGACUGUCUAGUAGAUACCCGGGAUGAUGCGACUGCGGACCAUUGAGGUAUAGCGGUCCCAAUCAGCGCCGUACUUCUUCUUGCACUUCUCCUCGUCGCGCAUCUCGCGGUGAACCAACAAGACUCCGAAGUACAGCAUGUAGAAGUAGGUGAAAAUCAUACCCCAACCGCGAGCCUCGGGGGUCUGCACAGCCUGCUUCUGGAGGACACCGCUGGCGGGGUUGAUGCUUUCGAUGAUAGCAUAUCCGGCAAUGCCAGUAGGCAGGCAGUAGGACCACGACAUGAUCCAGUCACCCAGGUAGUUGAUGUGCCGAGCCAGACCCCACCAGCCGGAAACCAUCAGCUUCGAGCCACUGGCAGUCUCGAUGAACUUGAUGUCCUUCACACGGGGGUCAUUGGGAUCCGUGCGGAAGCGGUUCUUCUGGUUGUUGGCACCGCGGAAGAUCGAAUAUCCAACAGCGCUGGCUCCCAAGACGAGGGCAAUUCCACUCCAGCCAAGCUCAAGGGGGAAGACGGCGAGAUAGCGGCUCUGGAUGCUGUAGAUGUGGGGAACCCAGACAACGUCACCGAAGGACAACAUGAAUCCGAAGCCGUCCAUGAUCACGUCCAUUGUGGUCAAAAUCGCAGGCUCCAUGUACAGCGCGUCCAGGAUGUAGAAGCCUUGGAAGAUAGUGACCAGAACGAUGGAAUCAGUCACGUAGCCGUAGGUCCGAUACUGAUGAGCCACAUUGGAGAGGUUCAGAAUAGUCCAACCGAGCAGACCGGGGCGCAUCUCCAUGAACACCUUGAUAUCAAUUGUCCGCGAUACCUCGCUGACGAAUGGGAUUGGGAGACGAAUUCGAGGGUUGAGUUCCCGGCCAAUGAAGAAGUCGUACAAGAGGUUGCCAGUGUGACCACCGGGUGCCAGUUCGCGGAGCUCUUGGUUGGGCUUGCCGGGUUGAGGAACUGUGAAGCUCUUCAGGUAGACGAAAAGCGCAACCGAUGAAGAAAUCAAGAGGUUCGCGGUGAUGACCUGUACAUAGUUCUCCCACAGGAAUGUCCACACCACGAAAUCAGCGCCGUACAUGUAGGUACCCGUAGCCAGGCCAGAGAGGAUGAUGAUUGCGGACUUGAAUGCUGUUGUAAGAGUUUGAGUUAGCAAUCUUUCUUCUCUGCGCGUGCUAUCUUUCCAAGUUGCUUUUCAUACCAUUGAACUUGUACUUCAGUCUUCCACCGCAUGCCAGGGGCACGCCGUCCGCCUCCUGACCAGGCAGGAAGACCUGCAAGAACAGACUGAAAGCAUAGUAGCUCAGCGUCCACAGUGUAACCCGAGUAUCAUAGAGCCCAAGAAUGCCUUCUUCGGGCCAUCCCACGUCACGCUUGAGCUGGUCGAGGGUCAGGGUCGAGGGGCUCAGGAGCGAAGGCGCGGGACACCCCGUCACAUCAUUGCAAAGGAAGGUGAAUGUAUAGACGAGAAGAGGGAGACCGAAGACGAUUGCGAAGGCUCCUGGACUGUGGUGCCAGUCAGUACAACGAAUUUGAGAAGUAAUCAGAGUAAACGUACGGCCCACAAAAUUCGUAGCCGCGUUUUUCUGGGACAGGUUGGAUUGGGAUCUGAGGCUUCUCAGCCUUUUUGGGCGCCAUAGUGAGAACCGCAGAGGACAACCAGAGUGGAACUGAGCAAUUGGGGGCUAGCCUGGUAAUCGGGGCGGGGUGAUAGGCCGAAUUAUAUAGACCCUUGGAAUCGGUGGAAGCUGUGGAAGCUUGGCCACAAGCGCGUACGAUACCGGAUCC